AUGCCUUUUUCGUUGAUUCAUGCGAAAGUAUUAAAAUUGAAGUCUUGCAUUAAUCCUCCCGCUAAUGUCAUAUUGAAUUAUCCACCAAUUUUAUUCAUUCAUGGAGUAGGUGUUGCAGCUAGGGCUUGGGAUAAUUUUUGUCGCUGGUUCUCAAAUAAAGGAUAUGAUUGCUGCGCUAUGAGUUUUCGAGGGCAUGGACAAAGUACGAAGACUCCAAAAAAAGAACAAUGGUG